GCACUGGCAGUCACGUGGGCGAACCGGCGCAAGCCCUAUAAAAGGCGUGCUGUUGACGUCAGCUUUCUCUUCCGCCUGUUUGUCUGCUGUGUGGCAGACAGUCCGCUUCGGCUUUUUCCCGUGAAGAGAAUCCACCGCCAUCCGCCAGAAUGGUGAACUUCACGGUUGACCAGAUCCGUGCCAUCAUGGACAAAAAGGCAAAUAUCCGCAACAUGUCUGUCAUAGCCCAUGUGGAUCAUGGAAAGUCCACCCUGACAGACUCGCUGGUGUGUAAGGCUGGCAUUAUUGCCGGUGCUCGUGCUGGUGAAACAAGGUUUACUGACACUCGUAAAGAUGAGCAGGAGCGAUGCAUCACCAUAAAGUCUACGGCCAUCUCCCUGUUCUACGAACUUUCAGAAAACGACUUGGCCUUCAUCAAGCAAAGCAAAGAUGGCACUGGUUUUCUCAUCAACUUGAUCGACUCUCCUGGCCAUGUUGACUUCUCCUCUGAAGUCACUGCUGCUCUCCGUGUUACUGAUGGAGCUUUAGUUGUUGUUGACUGCGUCUCUGGGGUCUGUGUACAGACUGAGACUGUGCUCCGCCAGGCUAUUGCAGAGCGUAUCCGCCCUGUGUUGAUGAUGAACAAAAUGGAUCGUGCUCUUCUGGAACUCCAGCUUGAACCAGAGGAGCUGUUCCGGACCUUCCAACGUAUUGUUGAAAAUGUGAACGUAAUCAUUUCCACUUACGGUGAGGGAGAAACUGGCCCAAUGGGGAACAUAAUGAUUGACCCAGUUCUUGGUACUGUUGGCUUUGGCUCUGGGUUGCAUGGCUGGGCUUUUACCCUGAAACAGUUUGCGGAGAUGUACGUAGCAAAGUUUGCUUCAAAGGGAGAAGGGCAAUUGUCAUCAUCAGAUCGGGCAAAGAAAGUGGAAGACAUGAUGAAAAAGCUAUGGGGUGACAGGUAUUUUGACCCAUCUACUGGCAAAUUCAGCAAGUCCCCCACAAGUGCUGAUGGCAAAAAGCUGCCAAGAACCUUCAGUUGGCUAAUCCUGGACCCAAUUUUCAAGGUUUUUGAUGCCAUCAUGAACUUCAAGAAAGAAGAGACUGCAAAGCUGAUUGAGAAACUGGACAUUAAGCUAGACAGUGAAGACAAGGAUAAGGAGGGAAAACAGUUGCUUAAGGCUGUUAUGAGACGCUGGCUUCCUGCUGGUGAUGCUCUGCUUCAAAUGAUCACCAUCCAUCUGCCUUCACCUGUGACUGCUCAGAAGUACCGUUGUGAACUUUUGUAUGAGGGACCUCCUGAUGAUGAAGCCGCCAUGGGCGUUAAGAAUUGUGAUCCUAAAGGACCAUUGAUGAUGUACAUAUCCAAGAUGGUGCCCACAACUGAUAAGGGUAGAUUCUAUGCUUUUGGACGAGUGUUCUCUGGUGUUGUGUCUACUGGCCUCAAAGUUAGAAUCAUGGGACCAAACUUUACCCCUGGAAAGAAAGAGGAUCUUUACAUCAAGCCCAUUCAGAGAACUAUUCUGAUGAUGGGGCGUUAUGUAGAGCCCAUUGAAGAUGUACCCUGUGGCAACAUUGUUGGCUUGGUUGGAGUGGACCAGUUUUUGGUGAAGACUGGAACAAUUACUACCUUUGAACAUGCACACAACAUGCGUGUUAUGAAGUUCAGUGUGAGCCCUGUUGUCCGUGUUGCUGUGGAAGCAAAGAACCCUGCCGACCUUCCAAAACUUGUAGAAGGCUUGAAGCGUCUGGCAAAGUCUGACCCUAUGGUGCAGUGUAUCAUUGAGGAGUCUGGAGAACACAUCAUUGCUGGAGCUGGUGAACUGCAUUUAGAAAUCUGUCUAAAAGAUCUAGAAGAAGACCAUGCUUGCAUUCCAAUCAAGAAAUCUGAUCCAGUUGUGUCUUACCGUGAGACAGUGAGUGAGGAGUCCAACCAGUUGUGCUUGUCAAAGUCUCCUAACAAGCACAACCGUCUCUACAUGAAGGCUCGUCCUUUUCCUGAUGGUUUAGCUGAGGACAUCGACAAGGGAGAUGUUUCAUCUCGUCAAGAGCUUAAGACUAGGGCACGUUAUCUGGCUGAGAAAUAUGAAUGGGAUGUCACCGAAGCAAGAAAGAUCUGGUGCUUUGGUCCUGAUGGAACUGGGCCAAAUCUCCUCACUGAUGUCACAAAAGGAGUCCAGUACUUAAAUGAAAUAAAGGACAGUGUAGUGGCAGGCUUCCAAUGGGCUACAAAGGAGGGUGUUCUUUGUGAAGAGAACAUGAGGGCUGUUCGUUUUGAUGUGCAUGAUGUGACCCUUCAUGCUGAUGCCAUUCACAGAGGAGGUGGACAGAUAAUUCCCACUGCCCGUCGCUGUCUCUAUGCCUGUGUAUUAACAGCACAACCCCGCUUGAUGGAACCAAUAUAUCUUGUAGAGAUCCAGUGCCCUGAACAAGUUGUUGGAGGAAUCUAUGGUGUCUUGAACAGGAAGCGUGGACAUGUGUUUGAAGAAUCCCAAGUUGCUGGCACCCCAAUGUUUAUUGUUAAAGCUUUUUUACCUGUCAAUGAAUCAUUUGGAUUCACUGCAGAUCUACGAUCAAAUACUGGCGGCCAAGCCUUCCCUCAGUGUGUGUUUGAUCACUGGCAGAUUCUUCCUGGUGAUCCUUUUGACAACACCACAAGGCCAAGCCAGGUUGUUGCAGAGACCCGUAAACGAAAGGGUCUUAAAGAGAGCGUUUCAGCCUUGGAUAACUUCCUUGACAAGCUGUGAGCUCUGUACAUGCAUUCUGAAUCAUCUGAUGGACUUGACAACUUCAACUUUUUCUCAGUUUAACACGUUAAUUUUGCAACCUUAAGUACUUGCUCCCCACUUAAUGUCAAGGAUUUUCUAUGGCCCAUCAUGAGUGUACAAUUUAUACAAUAGCCUGUAAGUGGGAGCAUAGGGUCUGCUUGAAUCAUUAAGAACACUGUUCCUUCACAGCAUGAAUAUCAGCAAUGUAUUGGUGCCAUUAAUAAACUUGUAUUGAGCUAAC